AUGGUCUAUGCCAUCACUAACACUGAAGUGACGAACAAUGUCAUUGCCGAAUUGAUUGCUGGAUACGCUAUCCCCAACCAACCCAUUGGCAACAUGAUUUUCAAAACAUAUGAGGUAGUUUCAUGCGCGCAGCCCAUCCAGUUUGUCCCCGACCUGAGGAUGGGCCAUUACAUGAAAAUCGCCCCGCGCGUCAUGUUCAGCGCUUAA